GCUCCGGGUUCCCCCGCAUGCCUCUCACGGUGCCCCCGCCCCACAUCUAGUGGCCUAAGAGCUCUGCUGCUGCUGCGGCGGCGGCGGCGGUGGCCGCUCAAACUCCCGCGGUGGCCCGCGCUGACCCAACCACGCCGCCUCAUCCUCUUGAUUUCCCAUCACAAUGGCAGGGUGGCUUUGGAGCUGUGGAGACUCCCUUUGCUCUCUGGGUGGUGGUUUCCCCAGCCCUGUUCUCGGAGAUCCCUGGGGGUGAUGAGGUUGGGCUGAGCAUCGGCUCUUCUGUCCACCAGUGUCGAGGGGAAGCGUCGGAAGGUUCCAGACUAGCAGGUCCUACGCCAAGUAAUCGAAUUGAGUGUUCUGCUCAUCUCGUCUGAAUUGUGCGGAAGCGCCACGAAUUGGAAAGAUCAAGAGGGACUGAAAACUGUCAGUGUCAUGCUGCUCGGCUUUGCUGAGAAUUCCUUUGGAUGAUUAAUGGUGUUUAUCAUUGUGCUCCGUUUCUACAAGUAAACGAUGGGUGGAUUAUUUUCUCGAUGGAGGACAAAACCUUCAACCAUAGAAGUUUUGGAAAAUAUAGAUAAGGAAAUUCAAGCGUUGGAAGAAUUUAGUGAAAAAAAUCAGAGAUUACAAAAAUUAUGGGUUGGAAGAUUAAUUCUCUAUUCCUCAGUACUGUACCUGUUUACAUGUUUAAUUGUAUACUUGUGGUAUCUUCCUGAUGAAUUUACAGCAAGACUUGCCAUGACACUACCAUUUUUUGCUUUUCCAUUGAUCAUCUGGAGCAUAAGAACAGUGCUUAUUUUCUUCUUUUCCAAGAGAACAGAAAGAAAUAAUGAAGCAUUGGAUGAUUUAAAAUCCCAGAAGAAAAAAAUACUUGAAGAAGUCAUGGAAAAAGAAACUUACAAGACAGCUAAAUUAAUUCUUGAAAGGUUUGAUCCAGACUCAAAGAAAGCAAAGGAGUAUGAGCCGCCAUCUGCUGGAGCAGCUGUAACUGCAAGACCCGGACAAGAGAUUCGUCAGCGAACUGCAGCUCAAAGAAACCUUUCCCCAGCACCAGCAACUGCUAACCAGGGCCCUCCUCCACAAGUUCCAGUAUCUCCUGGACCACCAAAGGACACUUCUGCCCCUGGUGGACCCCCAGAAAGAACUGUUACUCCAGCUCUACCAUCAAAUGUGUUACCAAGACGUCUUGGAUCUCCUGCUACUUCGGUGCCUGGAAUGGGUCUCCAUCCUCCAGGUCCACCUUUAGCAAGACCCAUCCUCCCUCGAGAACGAGGUGCUUUGGAUAGAAUUGUUGAAUAUUUAGUUGGUGAUGGUCCACAGAACAGGUAUGCCCUUAUAUGUCAGCAGUGUUUUUCUCAUAAUGGCAUGGCUUUGAAAGAAGAAUUUGAAUACAUUGCCUUUCGAUGUGCCUACUGUUUUUUCUUGAAUCCUGCAAGAAAAACCAGGCCCCAGGCUCCAAGACUUCCAGAGUUCAGUUUUGAGAAGAGGCAGGCAGUGGAAGGCUCCAGUUCAGUUGGUCCCUUGCCAUCAGAAGGUGUGCUUCCCCCAUCAGAAAACCAACUCAGUGAAGAAUCUUUAGAAGAACAAGAUGUUCUUGAUAAUAGUACAGAGCAAAUAGAUGACAAAAUGUCAGCUACAGAGCAGACAAACCAAGUGAUUGAAGAAGCGCCUGGCACAGAGGAACCAGAGGAAAAACCAGAAGAGACCGAGAAUGAGGAAACCUCAGUGAAUGAAGCCAAAUCAGCAAUUCCCAGUGUUGAUUCUCUUCCUAAUCCUGAACCAAGUGGAGAAUCAUUGAUGACAAAGGAGUAAAUGCUUCCCUGUGCCUUCAACUGGAUAUUUGUAGUCUUGUUGAUGUCAGUUAUUGCUAUUGAGGUGGUGUUUUCUUCUUUUUUUCUCUAAGGAUGUGCUUGAUAUCAUUUGAGUUUAGAUUGCCUAGCUAUUUCAAUGUCAAAGCUGUAUCUACUGGGUGUUAAAAUUAAAGAACAAGUGAUAUCAGCAAGGUAACAUCCUUUGUAGACAACUUUUAGAUAUCUUUUGUCUGUUUUAAAAGUAAACAAACAUGAUGGCAUCCCUGUUUUCUAUAUGUGUGCCUGUAGAUAAUAUCCAUUUUGACAUAGGAAGAACUUUGGUUAGGAAUAAUUUCUCUAACAGUGUUUGAUUUAAGGAAUGAAACGCAAUUAAGAUUUUGAACACUUCAUCAUUAAAAAAUGGGUAGAGUUUUAACUUCAGUUAUUUUCCAGCAGGGGAGAGUGUCUAUUUAGGCAUUUUCAUUAAGCAGUAUGAAAGUUGUAACUGUAACUACAUAGGCAUUGGUAGGAAUUUUGAGUAAGAAUGCAGCUGAACAGUCAAGUGCAGGGUUGCUUUUUGGUAUUAUUUUACAGCUGGGCCAAAGGCACAUGAUGUAUAUAAUUAGCUUAUGUUUACAUACUAACAAGUAGGAAAUAUCUCUGCAUUUGACUGUGCUUGAAUUCUGAACAUUAUUUAUAUUUGUAAAAUAAUGAUGAUAUAUAAGUGAAUAUUGUGCUCCUGUAUGUAUUUUGUUAAGGAAAAUAAAAAUGACCUGGCAGCAGUUUAUUUUUGGUAAAUAUUUAGACUUUUUCAAACAAUAUCUUGGUGGAUGACUUGGACACCUGAAAAGUCUUAGUAGGAAGAGCUCACAGAGCAAUAAUCUAUAGCUUCUGCUUAGAGCAUAUUAUAAUGCCUAUAUUCAGAUGUGUUUUCUUUCAAAUUCAUAGAAAUAGUGAUAUUUAGAGGUUCUAAAUUUUAAAUUUAAUCAGAGGUUUUUUUUUUUUUUUUUUUAGCCAGGAACACUUUAGGCCAUUUGUAGCUUUUAACUUUGAGAGGCAAAUAUGUUUUGUGAGAAUUGGCAGUCAGUGGCUUGUAGUUCAUUUGAUUUAAUACGUGCUCAAAGGAUCAAUUGGGAAGAAAUUUUGACCUAGAAUAGUAGUUCUUGGACCUCAAAUACAGCGUGGCUAUCUUUUAUAGCUUCAUUUUAUCUCUCCAUUGUUUAAAAACAAAAAAAAGGAAUUAUUAUGCCAAAGCAAAUAAUAUGUAUGAAUGGUGUGUGUGGCUGAUGUUUCUAAGUUGUACAUAGUUUAUUCUUAAUCAUUUAAAAAUUUAUCUUUAUGGUUUAAUAUCUUAUAGUUGACAGAUAUUUUUAAGGAAUCCAAUCUGUUAAUCAGCUGAGACAUCAUGGUAUAGUGACUAGAAUUUUAGAGCAUACAGAGCUGGGCUUAAAUUCCAGCUCUGAGGUCUUGGGCAAGUCACCCAACUUCUCUGAGACAGACUGUUUUCUCAUCUGUAAAAUUGGGAGAAUAAUACCUACUUUUCAGGGAUAUUGGGAAGAUUAAAAAUAAUUUAUAUAAUCUGCCUAACUCACUGCCUGACAAUAGAUGUUAAGUAGUUAGUAGCAUUUGUUAUUAUUGAUAGUCUUGUGAAAUAUGAAAGGGCCAUAAAUUCUUCCAUUUUAAGAUACAGAAAUUAAAUAAUAUGAGCAUAUGAUUCAGCUGCUCAAAACCAAGCCAUAGUUUUCUGUACCGACAUACAGUGCUCUGGCAACUUUACUCUAUCAUGUGUUGUAUGUAUGUCAAUACAUAGAUUAAGGAAAUAGAAAACUGAAACUCUUAUGGAAUGUAGCUUUUUUUUAUGAGCUUCAUCAGUUUUUGUACUGUUAUUGGCCCAUAUACUUUGCUAACACCUUGAAGAGUCUUCUUGUAAAACAUUCAGAUUCAGACGUACAUUGCUUGAAAAUGAAUACCUCAGAGAAAUACAGUUUAAUGAUAGAAUCUAGCAAAUAUUGUGAGAAAUAUUUUUGAAAGAAAUAUGGAGGAAGGCUAAAAAGGGGAUUAGUGAAUUAAUGCAGCAGGUAACAUAUGCUGUAAUGAUAUAGUAUCCUUUAAAAUGGAAAAAUUUUUUCUGAUACCAUUGUAAUAAAUACUUAAUGCUUGAAAGAGUAGUAAAAUGUCCCGUUUCUGAUUGUUAAGACUAGUAUAAAUGAGGAAAAUCAGCCUUAUUAGGUAGUUAGCCAGUGGUCUUUACUUCCCUACUUAAUAACGCUCAGAAGGCCAUUGUCUAAACUCUUCUCACUAUGCCCUCAGUGAGAUCUGCAAACAUGGUCCAACUUCUGUCUCUCCAUCCCUCCUCGAUCAUUGUGCUGUAGCCACAUGACCUGUUGCCAUCGAGUCGAUUCUGACUGAUAGCAACCCUACAGGACAGAGUGGAACUGCCCUGUAGAGUUUCCAAGGAGCAGCUGGUGGAUUUGAACUGCACACCUUUUGGUUAGCAGCUGAACUCCUAACCGCUGCGUCACCAUGGGGCUCCUUUAAAUUCCCUGACCAUGCUGUGGUAUAAGCCCUUUCCUGCCAUAGGUUUUGACUUAAAUUUUCCAUCAGAGAGAUGCCCUCCAGAGCUCCCUAUCUAAAGCAGGCCUCUGCCUUUUACUCUCUGUCGUGCCACGCUAUCUCUGCUGGUAGUCCUUAUCACAGUUUGUGAGUAUUUUGUUUACCGUCUUAUUCACCUCUGUGUCUCCAGUGCACAGUGCCUGAAAUAUUUUUAUUAUGUGAGUGAAUAAUUUGGUGCUAAAUCCAGUGAAAACUCUCACUCCCUAACUUAUUUCACUGCUUGGCAGUAUUGACAUCUUUGAACACUCCCUUUUGUUUGAAACACUUUCUUUUGGCUUUUGAGAGCUUGCACUUUGUGCUCUUAUCUUCACUCUAAGUGUCCUUUCCAGCUUCUCUUCUCCUGUCCACCCCUCAAAUAUUGGGGUUUGUUAGGUUCUAUCUAGUGUCAUCAUUUCUUCACUCUACAUAGUCUGUCUCUGGAGGGCUGGGUGUCUCACCAACCCCUAUGGGUUAAUUACGUCCAUGUUGCUGAUACUCAAAUCUGCAGUCUUGAUCUCUUUCCUUCACUUCAGAGCUCUAUAUUCACCUGCCUACUGAAUUGUUCCUCACAAUCAGUGUAUUCAAGAGUGAACACAGUCUUCAAAUUUGCCUCUGUGUUUGUCAUCUCAGCAAGUAGCACCACUAUCCGCGCCAGAAACGAGCCUGUCUGCUCAUCCCUUUCCCCUUUUUCCUAGAUUCAAGCUGUCAGUUCCUGUCUCCUAAGUAUCUUCCAGUUAUAGUCUCGUUUCUCCAUCUCAUUAACACUACAUUAAAAAUGAUAAUAAACAUUUGCACUCUUACUCUGCCAGGCAACAUCUAACUACUAUAUGUGUGUUAUUUUAUUUGUUCUUUGGCAGUAAUCCUGUGAGGAUUUUUAUCUCUGAAUGAUAGAAAACUGAGGUAUAGAGAGAGUAAGCAACUUGCCCAAAGUUAUACAUCUGGCAAGUGGAAAAACUGGGAUUUGAAUACGGGCAAGUGACUUCAGAGGUCUUAUUCUUUUUUUUUUUUUAAUUUAUUACUUUAUUUUUAGUGAAAGUCUACACAGCAAGCAAAACAGGUUCCCGUUCAACAAUUUCUACACAUAGUAUUCAGUGAGGCUGGUUAUAUUCUUCACAUCGUAUCAACAUUUUCAUUAUUUCCCCUCUAGUUACAUUCCCCUUAAGGUAGUCUCACUGCCCCCCACCCCCACCCCACCCCA